UUAGGAAGUUUUUCACCGUUUGAUGAGGAAUAUUAAGGGUCCAUUCUCAUUACAGAAUCCCAAACGUUUCUUUUCCCUCCAUUCUUUUCCUCUCUACCAUUCUCCCGAUCCAUCCUCUUCUUUCUCCGUCGAGAUGUCCACUGCCACUGUCACAGCCGUUCCUCGUCGGUCCGUUUUAGUUUGAUUGUUGUUACUUUCUUGUUUAAACUGGGGAAAUGGGUUUAUUCUCAAGCAUUUGAAUUUUGAGGAAGAGGAAAAUGUAGCUAAUUAGGAAAUUUUUUACUGUUCAUGCGUAAUACUAAGGGUCCAUUCUCAUAAGAGCAUCCCAAACGGUCUUUUCCCUCCAUUCUUUUCCUUUCACUCAGUUGUGAAACCCACAAUGAAUCCUGCGAUUCUCCUAGGGCUGAAAUCCUCAAUUUCAGUUUUAAUCAAAAUGCCUCUCUUCUGUUCCUUGUUCCUGUAAUGUACCUUUUCUUCUGUAGAUUUAGUUUGAUUGUUGUUACUUUCUUGUUUAAACCGGGAAAAUGGGUUUAUGCUCAAGCAUUUGACAUAAAUCUGUCGCAUACCGCAGCAGUCAUGGAAAGAAGAGAAGAAAACAGUAACUCUGGACUUUCUAAAUCUAGCAUGUCAUUUCAUAUUUCUUAGUUCUUAUUCUUCAAAUGGGUUUAAUGAAGUUUUCGUGUACGAUCAGUUUCUUUAAUUUCUUGCAUCUCUUAAUAAUUCUUUGGAAUGGAAUGUGGACAACUUUCAGGGAAAACCGUCCUCAUGUUGUUUUUCUGCUUAUGGGGUACAUUAUGAUCAUGGUCUUGGAGGAAGUUGAAGAGGUAUCACCAGAGCUUCUGUCCCCUAUCUUGGGCCCUUUAAGAAAGGGGAACCAGGUGAUUUCUAUACUUUUUCCUUUUAAAGUCAUAUAUUGAUUUGAUGAUCAGAUAACUACUUUCUUUUUCUCCACCACCAGAGUGUUUCUGCCUAUUACACGGAAGCUGGGUGAGAGAGUGAUUGACAAAGCUUGUACUCUACAUGCGUCAAGGAGUGCAAUAUAUGGGCUUUCCUUUAGAUGCUGGGUGAGAGAGUGAUUGAAAAUUGUGUUUCAAAGCUUGUACUCUACAUGCGUCAAGGAGUGCAAUAUAUGGGCUUUCCUUUAGAUGAUUAUGGUAAACUUGUUGCCUAUAUAUGUGCACAAAAUCGUGGAACUCCGGAUCACAAUAAAGUAAAUUCUUUUCAAGGUACCAGUGCUGAGAAACAUCUGAAGAGCAGUUGCAAUCAAGGGAUUUGUAAUUCAUCUUCAGUCAACCAGUCUCUCAAGUCUGGACAUGUUUGUUCUCAACAAUGGAGAGGUAGAAAAAUCGGAGAAGGAAAAUCUAGGAUGAAAAAGGCUUGUUUAGCUCCGGAUGAUGGUAAACCUUUUGUUGAGAAUUUGAUUGGUUCUAGAAUCAAAGUCUGGUGUGCAGAAGAACAUGCAUAAGUAUUCCAUACAUCCUUCAAUAUUAGUAUGUAUAUUUCCUUUAUGUUGUACUUUUCCUCUCAGGCUCUUUUAUUUGUGGCUUUUUAUAACGAGAUAGUAGAUGUCAUUUCUGCCUACGGUCAUGCUUGGCUAUUCUCUUUGUAACUUCCUUUCUUUAUAGCAACAAUCAACAUCUGGUUAUAUUUGAGAUUUCAUGUUUAUAGAGUUUUAAAUAUCUGGCAACUAUCCCGGGAGGGUUAAGACGUCCAUUUGCAUGCAAAAUGGAGAGUUAAGGUUUGGUCAAUUUUAAAGUAAAUAUUUGGUUACUCUUUCAUGUGGAGUUGCAUUUGUGAGGUGGAGGUAAUUCAAGAGUAGUUUUCACCUUUCUAUAUUAAGAUUUCUUUUGUAGCCAGUUUUUAAUAAGAGGUGUUGAGGGUUUAGGAUAAUACAUCGUACUUUCCCCCAAAAUACAAUAGUUUCUGCAGUCUUGUUUACAUUUUUAGCUGCAAGACUCUGACAAUAUAUGAUCAUGUUCCUUUUAGAAGUAAGCCCUUAAUAAUGAUUUCUAGUUUUAA